AUGUCCCUGGCUGUGGGUGACAGCGGGGGGAUGGGCAGGUUCAGCAGGCGGGGGGCGACCCACGGGACGCCCUGGUUGGGGGGCGGAGUGGUGGCUCGGAGUCUGCAGGCCGAGCUGCUGCAGGAGGAGGAGGUAGUGAGCGGUGUCUCUGUGUCCCAGGGCGGGGCCCCGUUGCCGCCGCUGUCCCACAAGCGGAAUGGCGUGUUGAUGGCUCCGUCGGGGGGGAAACGUUGGCCGGCCCGGGCCUGCUCGAUGCUGUGCUGCCUCCUGGCCGUCUCCGCCCUCGCCUUCCUCCUGGCCAUCGCUUGCCUCGUGCUCAAAGAUUUGCGCUCUGAGAAAGAGAAGAAUGAAGAUGGCAUAGAAACUGGCUUGCUAGGAUUUUGGGGUCUGUUUGUUCUAGCCUUGAUGACAGGGCUCUCAUGCUGCAGCUUUUCUUGGACAGUGACUUACUUUGAUUCCUUUGAACCAGGAAUGUUUCCUCCGACUCCACUUUCACCUGCACGAUUCAAAUGGGACUUGUAUGAUAGGCUGAACAAUACUGCCAGUGAUGUGAGACUGACAGGGCAUUCCUUCCACAUGGGCUAUAGUAUGGCAAUACUGAAUGGCAUUGUGGCAGCUCUCACCAUAGUAUGGUGCCUCAUUUGAAUCCUACGCUGGCUCGGUGAUCUUCAACAGGUCAAGAUGCACAUAGAAACUACUAUAAACUGUCCAGUCUGCUUUUUUUACAACACUGUGGAAUGACAUUUCACAUCUCAAAUAGAAAUGUCUGUCAUUCACUGUAUGUUUCAGAUUUAUAGAUGAAUCUUUGGGUUUAUAUUUAUAGGGUGUUUGCUUGAGUUGCAUUAAGAGUGGGGGGAGGGGAAAAGUGAAUUUGUCUUAAAACAAGAAAUACUUACAAAUUGAAAAUGUUUUAAACCCAGGGAAUGACACUUUGAUUGCUGUUACUGUAUAAAGGAUUCUUAUCUGCACUUCCAGCUAUACUACAGAGUACAGAUAAACAUGACACUUAUGAAUUUAACCAUAUAUUUAAAAUGUACAGUGUUGCUAAUAAUAAAGGCCACUAACUUUUUUUCACUGUACAUGCUAUUUAACUUGUACUUGGCCUAGGCAGUAAAAACUAGAUUGACUUUUGAUAGUCUAGUCAAUUUUAUACUCUGGUUUGCCAGCAUUCGCGCAAUACUUGUUUAUAACACUGCAGAGGACAAUUUAUUUAAAUAUUUCAUUAGAUUUAAAAAAAAAAAAUCAAAAUAUUUCAUUUCGUAUUAGCUUUUAUAAACUGUCCCCUCCUUGUUUUGUAAACAACCUAAAACUUGUGCCUAAAUCACCUGAUAGUGUUUUUACUUUGGAGUAAUGCAACUAUAUGCUACAACUACUGUAUAUACAAAAAAAGUUUCACUAAGAAUGUGUGGAAACUUCUCCACUUUGUGCCAUUAAAGUAUAGAAAAUAUUGCCUAAUCUUUUUACAUGGUAAAUUAAUACAUAACAUCAGUUUCCAGUAUCUGCAGUAGGGUACCUCACUGAAGAACUGCAGGAGUUAUUUUUAUGGCUUUUUGCAUCUUUGUAAUGUAUGUUACUGCUCAGCUUCUUACAAUAUUUUUCUUAAUCUCUUAAAAGGAUCAGGAGUCUACCAAACAGUUAAACUACAAUGGCAUAAGUGUUGGAAUUUCAUUUUUUACUUUUUUUGCUUCACAUGCAUAUUUGAAGUGUAUGGAUAUUUUAAGAUGUAUAUUGGUUGUAUUCUGUAAUUAAAAUGCUUGUAAAGUUGAUUAGAGCAUCAAACUCUUGUAAAAGUAUAAAAAAAAAAAAAAGCUUCAUUUCCAGAUAAUUUGUGUAACUUAAAAAAUUAACAUCCUGUAAAAUGUGCAAAUCAGCAGUUCAAUUUGGAUUUAAACAAAUUUAAACAAAUCACAAUUAUCACUUAAAGUUGACUACACUUUUAAAAUGUAUGUAUUGUUUACAUAUAAGGGUGUGCAUGUUGAGUAUAUUAAAGAUGAACCAAUUCCUUUUUCUAGUAUAUUAAACAGAUAUUGAUACUGAAUUCAGAUCUUUUCAUGGUGUAAACCCUACAUAUGUACAAAUAGCUUUAGUCAAAUGCAAUGUUUACUUUUUUACAUUAAACAGAAAAUAGUUUAAGAUCCA